CGAAAGGGGAGAAGCUGGAGCAACAGCUGGGAAGACGUCAGGACCUGCAGCGGGGGUGGGGAGGGCUUCCUGCUUGUGUCCGUGCAUUGCGAGCCCUUGAACGCCACAAGGGUGAGCCUCUGGAGUGAGUCCCCGGUGCUCCAGCGAGGAGCCAGGCUGCCUCUCGGAGCCCUUCCAGCCUGGAGCGCACAGAAGUGUCUUGCUGCUGAAGGCUCCCAGAGAGCAGCGGGGCCCUGGGUCUGGGGGCAAAUCCCCAUGGCGUUCACCAUGCUGAGACCCGUGGCAGCUCACAUGCUCUACCCAGACCUCAGCAUGCUCUCCGAGGACGAAGAGAACCGGAGCGAGAGCGACGCCUCGGACCAGUCCUAUGGCUGCUACGAGGACCUGGAGACCAGGAGGAAGGUGGCCAGGAAGCCAGGCCAGGUGGUGAUGGUGAAGCAGAGGCAGGCAGCUAACGCCAGGGAGAGGGACCGGACGCAGAGCGUCAACACGGCCUUCACGGCCCUGCGGACCCUCAUCCCCACCGAGCCCAUGGAUAGGAAGCUGUCCAAGAUCGAGACCCUUCGCCUGGCCUCGAGUUACAUCUCCCACCUGGCCAAUGUGCUGCUGCUCGGAGAGGGCUGCGAGGACGGGCAGCCCUGCUUCAGUGCCAUCUAUGGCUCCAAGGGGGAGCUGGACAACAAACAACCCCGCAGCAUCUGCACCUUCUGCCUCAGCAACCAGAGGAAAGGGGGCAGCCGGAGGGAGCUUGCGGGCAACUGCCUGAAGGCGCGAGGGGUGAACCCAAUGCGGGUGCCGCGGAGAUGAGCCCGAGCUGCAGGAGCAUCUGCCCGAGGAGCCAGGCCAGGUGGCUGAACCCCAGAACACAUGAGCUUGAUAUUCCAGACCGGGGUGGGGAAAGGAGCAAGGGACCCCCGGAGCUCAAGGAAAGGAAAGCCUGUGUGAGAUGAGCCCACACUCAAAGGACUCCACGGAGACACAGGGGGCUGGGGCUGCACUGACUUGGACUGAAAGGCAGGACGAUGCUCUAGAUGCAAAUAAGGGAGAGCGAGAGAGCGACUGCUCCUCUGCCAUCCACUGUGCCUGUCCCUCGCGGCCAGCAGGAGCCCGGGGGCAGCAGGGCUCACUGACCCCUGGAAGGGGAUGUUGGCCCAGUGGCUGCAGGACAGAGGAGCGGGCAAGGGCGAGAGUGUAAAAUAUCGUUCAAUGGUCAGUGUCGAUACAGAGCUU